CACCAGGCGAUGGCAGCAUGGAGGAGAGCGCGGCCGAGACUGUGGGGACGGCAACAGAGCCGGUGACAGGGACGGUGCCGGUGGCAGAAGAGGAGGAGGAGGAGGAUGACAACGACGACCUGGCAGGGCGGUUCCUGCAGCUGGAGCGGGAGCAGAGCGCACUGCUGCAGGCGCUGCCGCCCUUUGGGGAGCCCGUCAGCCACGUCUACCACCCCCUUGACUAUGCCUGGGAGCCCCACUGCGACUUCGUGCGCCGCUACUGCCGCACCCCCAAACGCGUCCUCUUCCUCGGCAUGAACCCCGGCCCCUUCGGCAUGGCCCAGACUGGGGUUCCCUUCGGAGAAGUCUGGCACGUACGGGAGUGGCUGCGGGUUGUCGGGGGGGUGAAGAAGCCGCCCUCGGAGCACCCCAAGCGCCCGGUGCUGGGCCUGACCUGCCGACGGGCAGAGGUGAGCGGUGCCCGCUUUUGGGGGCUGGUACGGACCCUCUGCCCUGACCCCCACCUCUUCUUCCGUCACUGCUUCGUCCACAACCACUGUCCCCUCCUCUUCCUCGCCUCCAGCGGUCGGAACUUGCCCCCCACCGAGCUGCCCCCCGCCCAACGUGACCUGUUGAUGGGGCUUUGCGACCGGGCGCUGACGCGAACCGUGGGGCUGCUGGGCGUGGGGCUGGUGGUGGGCGUGGGGCGUUACGCCGAGCGGCGGGCACGGCGCGCUUUGGCAGCUGCCGGCCUGACCGUUCGCGUUGAGGGGUUACCCCAUCCCUCGCCCCGAAAUCCCCGUGCCAACCGGGGGUGGGAGGAGCUGGCCAAGGCGCGACUGGGAGAACUGGGAGUGCUGGAGUUGUUGGAGGAGAAGGGGGGCACGGCGGCGGGGAGGUGAGGCGGAGGGUUUCGGGGGGGGGAGGUGGAUCUGUGCCUCAGUUUCUCCUGUGGAGGGCAAGGCUGGGGUUUGGGGGGGAGUGGGUAAUGGGUCUGUGCCUCAGUUUCCCCAGUUGGAAGCUCGUUUGGGGGACCUUCAGGAGGUGGAGGAUGGAUCCCUGCCUCAGUUUUCCCCCCACAGGACCAAGCUCGGGGUCUCAUUUUGAGGAAGAGGAUGGGUCUGCACCUCAGUUUCCCCACUGAGAGCAAAGCGGGGUCCCAUCGCACAGGGAUGGGGGAGAGAUCCAUCCCCCGCCCUGCCUCAUGCCUCAGUUUCCCCUUGCCGUGGGGCAGACCCCACCCCAAGGGCUAAUUCUGCUGCCAGCAGCCUCCAGUCUCCCCAGUUUAACACUAAAUGGGCUCUCAGGAAAGGUGAGGUGCCGCAUCCCAUGGGGUUGCUGGCUGUGACCCUGCCCCAUGCCUCAGUUUCCCCUGUGAGGCACCUGGGAGCCCCGGGCUUGAUCCCCACCAAGCUGUGGGGCUCUUCACCCUUUUAUUUCCCCUAAAAUUUCCCUUUUUGGGGUUUUGGGGGUUUUUUUAAGCUGUUUAACCCAAGGGGUCAGUGGCCCUGCUCACUCUUGGCAGGGAAAACUGAGACCUGGGUGCA